UAUCUCUGUUUUCUCUUAAGCCAAACUUGCAAGACGUUGUCAAGAGAGGGAGAACCUUGGCAUGCUGGUCUGGUCACCUAAUCAGAACCUGUCUGAGGCAAAAUUGGAUGAAUACAUUGCCAUUGCUAAAGAGAAGCAUGGAUACAACAUGGAACAGGCCCUUGGAAUGCUUUUUUGGCAUAAGCACAACAUCGAGAAAUCCUUGGCUGACCUGCCCAACUUCACUCCGUUCCCUGAUGAGUGGACAGUGGAAGAUAAGGUCUUGUUUGAACAGGCUUUUAGUUUUCAUGGGAAAACCUUUCACAGAAUUCAACAGAUGCUUCCUGACAAAUCAAUAGCCAGCUUGGUGAAAUUUUACUACUCCUGGAAAAAGACAAGGACUAAAACCAGUGUAAUGGACCGCCAUGCUCGUAAACAAAAAAGGGAACGUGAAGAAAGUGAGGAUGAAAUGGAGGAAACGAAUGGAAAUAACCCUAUUGAUAUUGAAGUUGAACAAAACAAGGAGAGCAAAAAGGAGGUGCCACCAGCUGAGACCCUUCCUCAGGUGAAGAAGGAGAAGCACAGUACACAGGCUAAAAACAGAGCCAAGAGGAAACCUCCCAAAGGAAUGUUUCUUUCUCAAGAGGACGUGGAGGCAGUCUCUGCCAAUGCAACUGCGGCUACUACUGUACUUAGACAACUGGAUAUGGAAUUAGUCUCUAUAAAGCGACAGAUUCAGAAUAUCAAGCAGACAAAUAGUGCCCUCAAAGAGAAACUUGAAGGCGGAAUAGACCAAUACAGGCUUCCAGAGGUCGUUCAGAAAUUUAAUGCACGUUGGACCACCGACGAGCAGCUUCUUGCUGUGCAAGCAAUUAGGAAAUAUGGCCGAGACUUUCAGGCAAUCUCCGAUGUGAUUGGAAACAAAUCUGUGGUGCAAGUGAAAAACUUUUUUGUAAAUUACCGGCGUCGUUUCAACAUAGAUGAAGUUCUACAGGAGUGGGAAGCAGAGCAUGGCAAAGAUGAGACAAAUGGAACCAAUAACCAGAAGCCUGUAAAAUCCCCUGACAACUCCACUAAAAUGUCAGAAGAGGAAGAUGAGGCUACUUCGGUGCUUGAUGUCAGAUAUGCAUCUGCUUCAUGAGAAGCUGUGGUGGCCUAGAACAAUUUGUGUUGACUACUGUGUUAUCCAGGAUAUCAGGUAUUAGCAAACCUCAGACAGCCAUCUGCAUCAUAUCUGUGGACAAGCAGCUAUUACCAAAAAAAGAAAAAAGAAAAAAAAAAGGCAAACGCUUCCAGUCCUGUGCUACAUUUGCCUUAAUUUUUCCUGCAUUUUUCCAUACUGCCUCCACUUUGUUUCAAAGCUCCCAGGUAGCCCUCCAUUUCAUCGACGUCCUGCUUAUGCACGGGGACUCCUAGAAUCAGUACCACCUGUCUGUAAAUUUUGACCAGCCCACAGAGCAAGAAGCUCCUCUCUUAGCACCCCACAGUAACUCUAUGCUGUAGGAGUUCUAUAUAAUACUUGGUCUUCUCCAUAGGGUAUAAGUACAUAUUGCUGCAUGGCCUUGUGAUCUCUGCUUUCUGUGUAAUGUAAUCAUUAUUCUUAUGAUGACACUAUUAUUAGUGAGCCUUCUAUAGAGAAGAGUCAUGUGCACCUGCCAGUAGCAUCCUAUUCACCCUGAAAUUACAGGGCAUGUUAGCAACUGAUUUGAGCAAUGCAAAGUGGUUGGGGAAGGUUAUUUCAGAGGUUGGGCCUGUCUGAGGUUGGACAUAGUAACUCAUUAUGCUGCUGGUUUGUACAGUACUUUCUGCUGUGUAAGUGUGCUUUUCCUUCAUAGAAGGCUCACUAAGGGGUUAAGCAUUUAUUCCUGUAUAUUUUAAUGGCUUUUAUUUAGUGUAAAAGGGAAUACAUAACCUGAAACAGUUUGAUACAAUGUAUAACCCAUGGCAUUCAGCAUUUGCAUUGUGAAUUUACAAGACUGCUACACAACUUUUAUUUUUCCUGAUUUUUUUUUUUUUUUUCUCCAUGGGAUUAAGUCAAAACAACUUUCUCUGGUGCUGCUCCUCUCAGGAAUAUGUGCCUUUUUACAUCUGGCUACCAUAAGAUCACUUUCUGUUCCAAUGUCUUGUUCUUCUUUGAGGCACUGUACUAAGCAAAGACACCAAGUCACUUUUCUUGGCAGGAGGGUAUAUGGGGACUGGAGUACAAUAUGGAGUCCUGAGCUCUAGAUUUCAGUUGUGGAGUGCUGCAAUGAAGGGGAGAAGCAGGACCAUCUUACUAGCUUCUGUUGUUCUCCUUUCUUUCAGUCUUACCUCCUUUCCAGCUAAAGUGACAAUGCGGUUAAUCCAAAACAAAAAAAAAAAGUACAGAAAAUACAGUUGACUUUGCAAUGACUCUCAUUGGAAGCUGAUUUCAGUCCUUCUAAAGCACAGCUCACUUUCAUUUUCUGAACCAAAAUAUGCAAAUCUUCAGGAUGCACAGAUUCAGAAUCUGCUAGUAAUCUGCUCCUAAGAGCCACGCUUUUGGUCCUGGUGGGGAGCCAACACAUGGGUUGAAUGGGAGCUGUUCUCUGAAGCUCUGUCUCAGGGAAUAAACCAAUACUGGGGAGAAGAGAAAGAAACAGCCUCAUGCUCUGAGCAGAGUGUUUUACUGCUCAGCCCCUUGCACAGGGGCAACAAAAAAAGAUGUAGCAAUACCUUUUUGCCCAGGGCAAGGUGGGACAGUAACACUAGUCACAAAGCAUUGUAGAAUGGUUAGCUUAAUACUGCUGGGAGAAAUGGAAGGAGAUAGCAUGUAACCUUUUCCUUCACAGCUUCAAAGGCAGAUACGAGUCUUCUGUUAGCUAUGGUUUGCAUUCAUCCAGGACAUAGUGGUGUGCUAGGCCAGAAUCUUUGAGGCUGCUUUCCUGGUUUAUCUUUAAAAAAAA